CUUGCCAUGGUCCUGUCUCCACGUGAAGAGUUGCUAUCACUAAACAAGAGAAAACAGUUUGUGCUACAAGCACAGGCAGGAGCGAAACCUUUGAGUAACUUAGUCCUCACCAGAACAACAAAUUGGGGGAGAAAAAGAAAGAAACAUUCCAUGUCUUGUCUUUCACUGUGUACGUGAUUUGAGCUUUGGUGGUUAAGUAUCUGUUUGUUCGUCCCUGAACCAGACACUGACCUCACCCCCACCUGCUUCCCAGGAGUUUGUCUCAAUCCUGUUGCUUUUAGGUACUUUCCCAGAACACAAGGACUUGAUUUGAUUUUACGUCAAUACUCUGAUGGGAAGCCAAGGAGAGAGAACUGACUGCCUAUAGCCUUUAAGGCUAGCGUUGGGAGGCAGGUCAGGAUUGACUCCUACAGUCUUAGAAGGUAAUGUUCUUAUUCCUGCUUGACAGCUUGAUUCAGAUUAAAAGUAUCGUGCUGCUUUCUGACUUGAGUGCACUGUUUUCCUUUUUUUACUAGCUGCAAGAUAAGAGUCAAGCCAGGAUCCAGGGGCAUGUGCCAGGUUUGGAGACCACACCUGGGACCAUUCCAGGCAGCACUGUGGGUUAAGCCCAAGGCAUCAGCCAGCAACAAUUGCUAGAAAUAGACUGAAAAGAGCAGGACGGGGUAUUGCCUUCUAGGACAAUCUCUAUUAACUAUCCUGACCAGAAAUAAGAGGAAGAAGCAGAAAAUCCCUCAGACCCCGAGGAAGAAAAUGAAGCGAUUGUUGCAAGAGUCAGAGGAAGAAAUCAUGGUCACCAUGGGACCCUCCUCCAAGCUUUCCCCAGAUAAAGCUAAGGUCGAGACUAUGUGUGGCAUCAAGAGCAAGUCCUCAGGCCCUGCUGGAUCCUCACCAGAGGACAGUUCCCUGACCCCUCGCUGUGGGUCAGUAGCCUCAGCCACUGGUGGGGAUAGAAAUGGAGGCCAGGCCCAACGUUGCAGCUUUGGGCAGCAGGCCAGCAGCCAGCUGCUUCUGGGCUCCACUGCCUGUGUUUCAGGCUCUGGCUCUCAGGACCUCUCAUCUGCUAGCAUUACCACAAGCUGUCAAGAGCCCUCAGAGAGGAAUCAAGCCAAGCCCCUUUUGUCCAGAGGCCUUGGCCAAGGCUGCAGCCCUGAACAGCGAGAACCUUUGGGGGAUGUAGUAGACUAUAUUAUCAGAGAGCUGCAAGGCAUCAGCCAUCUGCAAACUGAGAUUGCUGAGCUGCAGCAGCACUUAAGCCAAGUCUGGGGUUCAGUGGAUGAAGUCUCGAGCUGUGUAGACUUGGUUCUAAGUGAGAUAGAAGGCUUGCAGGUGGCCAGCAGCUCCCUGGCCAAGGUGUGUGUGGGUGGAAAGGCCCAGGAACCCCAUGUGGACCGACCCAGUGAGGAAGCCAUUCUGUAUAUGUAUGGACUUCCUGAACAAGAUGGGGAGAAUACCAUGGAGCUGGUGCACAGCUUCCUGGCCAAGCAUCUCUGUGUUAAUGGCAUGCAUUGCAACAGGUACAUCAGAGAGGCUUACAGGGCAGGCAGAGCCCCAGCCCCCAGGCCUGCUGUUGUGAAGCUUGCCCAUCUAGAGCACAGAGACUUCAUCUUGCAGAAAUCCAUCCUCUUGCAGAAUGUAGGGGUCUGGAUUGCCACCAGAGAAGAACCAAGCUGGCCACAGUGCUAUGAGAAUCCCCAAAAAGAGUCUCUAUCAUUUUUGCAACAACUUCAGGAUCGUAAUUCAAAUUCUUUAAACUUGGAUGAACCAGUUCUUCAGAUGGAAACAGGAGUCAGAGGACCCAUAACAGGAGCAUAUCAAAUGAGGGCUCAGAAUCAACAUAGAGAACCCCAGACCCCUGAACAGCAAGGCCUUUGCUUCCCACCCAAGAACAAUUUAGCAAAGCCAAGUGAUGUGUCUAAGCCAGGGGACGAAGUAAAAGGAACAUCAGGAACAUCCCAAGUCAUCAGUCGUGGCUGUGGUGAGCUGACAGGGAGAGAGGCGUCUCUGUCUACCCUCCAUCAAUUUGAGGAGCCUUCCCUAGUGUUAAUCACAAAAGAGGAGGAUUCUGGGAAAUCCCAGGUUUUCAAACAAUACAGCCAAGGACUUGAAGCAUGUGAGGUAACAGAAAGAGAACACUGCAGCGAUAAGAAUGAGGCCAGCAGCUGCCUGUCACUGUGUGGGUUGCUGAACACAGAGGACAAGCUCCUGGCCUGUGAAGCUGGGCUUGAUGUUCUGAGCUCAAAGCAGUUAGAGGACCUUUUGAUAGAUAAGUCCAGGAGGUUUGCAACUCUGAGCUGUGACAGCAUGAUGGAGGAAAUUAUCAUAGGGCCCAAGACUUUCAGUGACAUGGUUCAUAUUGACUUGAAUGAAGAGGAGGAAUGUGCUUCUCAGGUCCUUAAAGAUGUCUUUGAAAAGUCUUCUUGUGGUCUGAGUGGCUCACAGGAGGAUGAAGAUGUAGAAAUUAAAUUUUACAUGAGUAAACUGGGCCGAGCAGUUCACCACUUUCGUUCAGCUCUGCAGGGAGUAUUUCAGAAGAUGGAGAACAGUGGGUCCAUCAGUCCUGAGGACCUGGAAAGCAAUGAGAGUGGAUCCCAGUCAGAGAUCAGCGAUAGACUUCUUGGGACAGUGAGUUCAGGGCGUGCCCAGGAUUUCUCAGUGGAUAGCCCUGAAAGUCAGGGGAGUGAGAGCUUGCUCAGUGUGGUCUCUGGUGGAAUGGGCAUCUCUACACAGGGAGACCAAACCUCUCAGUAUCCCAACAACUUCUCUCUGGCUUGUAAUAACCUGCCUCUUGCAUAUUCUUUGCCAGAUGUUGCUCUGGCUCCGUGUCUGGGAAGUGAAACUUGUUCCGGGCCUGAAUCUCCCAAGCAGGUCAGACUAAGCCUAGAGCAAGUGUGUGCAGAGACCAUCUACCUCAACAAGUGCACCUACAAUUUUAAAAAUAUUCUAAGAGAGAAAAGACUGAGGCAGAAAAAACUUUUGCACGAGCUAGUACAGAAGGCAAACCAUCUCUCAGUAGAAGACAUGCACCCAGAAGGAAAGCGAGGAGCCCUUCAGAUUCCGGAUGAUGGUGACCCUUCUUUGCCCCAGUGGCUCCCUGAUGGGCCAGCUGGAGGACUCUAUGGCAUUGACAGCAUGCCAGAUCUACGCAGAAAGAAGCCACUGCCACUUGUCAGUAAUCUGUCACUGGUCCAGUCCCGGAAGGCAGGGAUUACUUCUGCAAUGGCUACACACACCUCUCUCAAGGAUGAAGAGCUGAAAUCCCAUGUAUAUAAGAAAACCCUCCAGGCCUUAAUCUACCCCAUCUCGUGCACCACACCCCACAACUUUGAGGUCUGGACGGCCACUACCCCGACCUACUGCUAUGAGUGUGAGGGCCUGCUCUGGGGCAUCCCCCGGCAGGGCAUGCGCUGCAGCGAAUGUGGAGUCAAGUGCCAUGAGAAGUGCCAGGACCUACUCAACGCCGACUGCCUGCAGCGGGCUGCAGAAAAGAGCUCUAAACAUGGAGCUGAGGACCGGACCCAGAACAUUAUCAUGGCCAUGAAGGACCGCAUGAAGAUUCGAGAGCGGAAUAAGCCGGAGAUCUUUGAAGUUAUCCGGGAUGUCUUCACUGUGAGCAAAGUUGCCCAUGUGCAACAGAUGAAAACAGUGAAGCAGAGCGUGCUAGACGGCACCUCCAAAUGGUCAGCCAAGAUUACCAUCACUGUGGUUUGUGCCCAGGGCCUACAAGCCAAGGACAAGACAGGAUCCAGUGACCCUUAUGUGACUGUGCAAGUGGGCAAAACCAAGAAGCGUACCAAGACCAUUUUUGGGAACCUGAAUCCUGUUUGGGAGGAGAAGUUCCAUUUUGAGUGCCACAACUCUUCUGACCGCAUUAAGGUACGUGUGUGGGAUGAGGAUGAUGACAUCAAGUCAAGAGUAAAGCAGCGGCUAAAGCGAGAGUCUGAUGAUUUCCUCGGCCAAACUAUCGUUGAGGUUCGGACACUGAGUGGCGAGAUGGACGUUUGGUACAACUUGGAGAAGAGGACAGACAAAUCAGCCGUCUCAGGGGCUAUCCGACUCCAAAUCAGUGUGGAGAUCAAGGGGGAAGAGAAGGUAGCCCCGUAUCAUGUGCAGUAUACGUGUCUCCAUGAGAACCUUUUCCAUUACCUCACAGAUGUUCAGGGCAGUAGAGGAAUUCGGAUCCCUGAGGCUCGAGGAGACGAUGCGUGGAAGGUGUACUUUGAUGAAACUGCCCAAGAAAUUGUGGAUGAAUUCGCCAUGCGCUAUGGCAUCGAAUCCAUAUAUCAGGCCAUGACGCACUUUGCAUGUUUGUCAUCCAAGUACAUGUGUCCUGGUGUGCCAGCAGUGAUGAGCACCUUACUGGCCAACAUCAAUGCCUACUAUGCCCACACAACCGCCUCCACCAAUGUCUCUGCGUCUGAUCGCUUUGCAGCCUCCAACUUUGGGAAAGAGAGAUUUGUAAAACUGCUGGACCAGCUACACAACUCACUGAGGAUUGACCUCUCUACAUACAGGAAUAAUUUCCCUGCUGGGAGCCCUGAGCGGCUUCAAGACUUAAAGUCCACAGUGGAUUUGCUAACCAGCAUUACUUUCUUCAGAAUGAAGGUGCAAGAACUGCAAAGCCCUCCAAGAGCCAGCCAGGUGGUAAAGGAUUGCGUGAAGGCCUGUUUGAACUCCACAUAUGAGUAUAUCUUCAACAACUGCCAUGACUUGUACAGCCGUCAGUACCAGCUGCAGGAGCUGCCUCCAGAGGAACAAGGGCCCAGCAUUCAGAACCUGGAUUUUUGGCCCAAACUCAUCACGCUCAUUGUGUCAAUCAUAGAGGAAGAUAAGAAUUCCUACACACUCGUUCUGAACCAGUUUCCUCAGGAGUUGAAUGUGGGAAAAGUCAGCGCAGAAGUGAUGUGGCAACUCUUUGCCCAAGACAUGAGAUAUGCACUGGAGGAGCAUGAGAAAGACCGGCUCUGUAAGAGUGCUGACUACAUGAACCUGCACUUCAAGGUGAAGUGGCUCCACAACGAAUAUGUGCGGGAUCUGCCUGCCCUCCAGGGGCAGGUGCCUGAGUAUCCUGCGUGGUUUGAGCAGUUUGUCCUACAAUGGCUGGAUGAGAAUGAGGAUGUGUCCCUGGAAUUCCUGCGUGGAGCCCUGGAACGAGAUAAGAAGGAUGGGUUCCAACAGACAUCAGAGCAUGCACUCUUUUCCUGCUCUGUGGUGGAUGUCUUCACACAGCUCAACCAGAGCUUUGAGAUCAUCCGGAAGCUGGAAUGCCCAGACCCCAACAUCCUUGCCCACUACAUGAGGAGAUUUGCUAAGACCAUCGGGAAGGUGCUGAUACAGUAUGCAGAUAUCUUAUCAAAGAACUUCCCAGCUUACUGCACAAAGGAAAAAAUGCCCUGCAUCCUGAUGAACAACAUGCAGCAACUGAGGGUCCAGCUGGAGAAAAUGUUUGAGGCCAUGGGAGGCAAGGAGUUGGACCCCGAAGCUGCAGACAGUCUGAAGGAGCUACAAGUGAAACUGAAUACAGUUCUGGACGAGCUCAGCAUGGUGUUUGGAAACAGUUUCCAGGUGCAGAUUGAUGAGUGUAUUCGACAAAUGGCUGACAUCCUGGGCCAGGUGCGAGGCCCAGGGAAUGCAUCCCCCAACACCAGGGCCUCAGCGGCUCAGGAUGCAGAUGGUGUGCUCCGGCCUCUCAUGGACUUCCUGGAUGGCAACCUCACACUCUUUGCCACUGUGUGUGAGAAGACGGUUCUGAAGCGUGUACUGAAGGAGCUCUGGCGGGUGGUAAUGAACACAAUGGCGAGAAUGAUUGUUCUGCCCCCACUCACUGACCACACGGGCACCCAGCUGAUCUUCACUGCUGCCAAGGAGCUGAGCCAUCUUUCCAAACUCAAGGACCACAUGGUGCGAGAGGAAACACGGAGCCUAACGCCAAAGCAGUGUGCCGUCCUUGACCUCGCACUGGACACCAUCAAGCAAUACUUUCAUGCAGGAGGCAAUGGGCUGAAGAAAACUUUCCUGGAGAAGAGCCCAGAUCUGCAGUCCCUUCGCUAUGCCCUGUCUCUGUAUACACAGACCACAGACACACUCAUCAAGACCUUUGUGCGUUCACAGACUGCCCAGGGGUCUGGUGUAGAUGAUCCUGUGGGGGAAGUCUCUAUUCAGGUGGACUUGUUUACACAUCCUGGAACUGGAGAGCACAAGGUCACAGUGAAAGUGGUGGCUGCCAAUGACCUCAAGUGGCAGACAGCAGGUAUGUUCCGACCCUUUGUGGAAGUGACCAUGGUUGGCCCACACCAAAGUGAUAAGAAGAGGAAGUUCACAACCAAGUCGAAAAGCAACAACUGGGCCCCCAAGUACAAUGAGACAUUUCACUUCCUCCUGGGAAAUGAAGAGGGGCCAGAAGCCUAUGAGUUGCAAAUAUGUGUGAAGGAUUACUGCUUUGCCCGAGAGGAUCGCAUUCUGGGGCUGACAGUGAUGCCUCUGAGGGAUGUGGUAACCAAGGGCAGCUGUGCCUGCUGGUGCCCCUUGGGCCGGAAGAUCCACAUGGAUGAGACAGGCAUGACCAUUCUCCGAAUUCUGUCUCAGAGGAGCAACGAUGAAGUGGCACGAGAGUUUGUUAAGCUCAAAUCAGAGUCUCGUUCCAUGGAGGAGGGGAGCUGAGCACUAGGCUUCGGUGCCAACCAGAUGGCACCAGUUUCACAAGUCAUAGCCAAUGGGAGUUACUAUGUAGCCAACUUAGGGUCCUCGUAGUCAAGAGGCUGACUCCUUCAGUAAAGGAAACUUAAGGAAAAAUUUGAUAUGGCAACAGUAUGGCUUUUCACAGAAAGAGUCAUUAAUCCCUGACCAAUACAUGUGUGGUGCUAGGAGGUGGAGGUUACUGCAUGGGGAGAUUGUCCAUAAAGAGAGGGACAGACAUUUCUGAGAGCGUCAGCUAUUCUUGGUAGACACCCCACGCCCAUCUCUACCCUUCUCCAUACCACACCUUAUCCAGUUAGACCCAUAAGUACCAGUCAUUAGAAGAACAAGUUUAGAGGCCCUGGCGCUUGUGCCUGGCUGGGUAAUCAGCUGAGCCUACAGGUAUUGCUGAACCCUGUGGUCUGGAUUGGAGGAUGGCCAGGGCAGGAGCACGCAGAACAGAAUUCAGACUGUCUCUUGAGCAGAAUCCACUGGUUUUGUAUGGCUCCAAUGAGAAUAAGGCUUUGAAACUGAACAAGAUACCUUCCAGAAAUGAGCUGUGCUAAUCCUUCACCCAGAUUAUAUCUGUCAUGAACAGAACCAGGUUCACAUGGUGCUUCAGAGCCCUCAGCAUAUUUGGAAUCUUUGGAACCCACGCACCCGAGGCCACUGCCCAGGAGUCCCCCUACCUCACUCCUAUAGGGAGGGGAACGAUGCUUCAGGACAUGAGAGGCUGUUCUUAUGUGCAUGCGCCUGAGGGCUAGUUGAGGGAUCCAGGAGAGAGGGCUGUAUUUUCUUCUUGGGUAGGACCUGAACAAAGCCAAAAAUUAUGAAAAUCAGUCUAGAAAGAGUCCUCUUCACCUAUGGCCACUGCCUUCUGGCUGUCCCCCCAUCGCAGAAAGAAUCUAGCCUUUGGCCUCACUCCCUUUCAUCUAGGUCAGCUGCUGUUCCCCUCAUAGACGUUCACCCUACAGAAGGAGCUUGGACAAUGAUCCCUCUGUACAGGCCAGAUGGAGGGGGCCUCAACACUCCUUGGGAGGUCAGAGACAAACUCUUUCAGGGGGUCAUAUGGACUUCCCAGGCCGUUGCUCAAAGAUGUGACAUGGUCCUUGGAUAUCCUCAGCAGCCUCCUGGACUUCCUGAGGACUCUGCAUUGUCUACAGCUAUACUGGCCAUUACAUGAAAUGAAACUAAGCAUCUUUGCUGUUGUUAAUUAUUGUAUGUGCCAUUAUUACAAGCGAUUAUUGGCUAGUCUGUAAUAAAUUAUCUUAUAGCAGCC